UAAAGCCGGGUCAGAAACAGAGAGAUCUGCAGAGCUGAGAGUGAGAGGCACUGACAAGGGAACACACACUUUUACUGACUCUUGAACACACACAAACACACACACACACUCACAGAAACACAAACAAUUGGCCUAUUGUACACACACACACACACACACACACGCACACACGCACACACACACACAGACAAAUACAGUUGUCACACACAUACACAUUUUGCUGGACCCUGGACUGACCUCUUAAGGAUACGUCCCUCAGGAUACUGUUUCCCAUCAUGCACCAGGGGGUCUCCACCCAGCAGGGGGUCUCUACCCAAAGGACUACUACUCAGGACGAAGGCUCAUGGAGCUCCAGGUCGAGGAGGGGGUCUUUGUGCCGGAGCCUUUGCCCGCCGAGCGGAGCUCCUCUCUGGGCCUGGCUCCUGCUCGGGGCCCUGCUGGUUCCUGGAGCCUGGAGCUUUCUGAACGAGGAGCAGGAGGAGCUGCUGGUGGAGCUCCACAACCAUUACAGAGGACAGGUGUCCCCCAGCGCCUCCGCCAUGAUGCCUCUGAAAUGGGACGCGAACCUGAAGGUGAUCGCGGAGGGUUACGCUGCUAAAUGCAUCUGGAACCACAACCCAGAGCUGGAGGAAACCGGAGAAAAUCUGUUCGCCGGCAGCGGACCGCUGGACAUCCGAGAGGCUCUGGAGAAAUGGUUUCUGGAACAUCUGGACCAUGACUUCCAAAACAACAGCUGUAUUGAAGACAAGCUGUGUGGACACUAUACACAGAUGGUGUGGGCAGACACACACAGGGUCGGCUGUGCUUUCCAUUUCUGUAACAACAUGGAGGGUCUGGACUGGGAGAGAGUCUCAUACCUCGUCUGCAACUACUACCCAUCAGGGAACUAUGAGGAAGAAAGGCCGUAUGUUGAGGGUGAAUGGUGCUCCAGAUGUCCUGAAAACCUCCAGAAAUGCGAAAACAACCUCUGUGUUGCUGACAGAGAGGAAGACGAGGAGUUGGAGGAGGAGGAGGAGGUGGAGGAGGAGGAGAUGGAGGAGGAGGAGGAGGAGGAGGAGGAGGAGGAGGAGGAGGAGGAUGGGGUUGAUGAUGAUGAUGAAGGUGGGACAGUUGUUCCUCCCCAAGUUACAUCUGAACCCUUCCUCCUGCCUGAAGACGAGGUGGACGUUGCUGCUGCUUCCUUAGCAACAACUGCCCCCUACGACCAACCUGACGACGAAGAAGAGGAAGAGGAGGAGCAGGAGGAGGAAGAGGAGGAGGAGGAAGAGCAGGAGGCUGCUGCUUCUCCGGUGACAUCUGCCCCCGAUGAGCAGCCUGACACCACCAGUACACCCAGUAUUACCACUACCUCUGAUUGGGACUCUGAGGAAGCCCAACCAACACCCGCCCCGGGCACUACCCCUCCUCCAGAAACCCCCUCAACAACACCAGAAGAAGAGGAGAUUGAAGAAAAGGUGGAGAAAGAGGAGGUGGAGGAGAAAGAGGAGGUGGAGCAAAGGGAGGAAAAGGCGGAGAGGGACGUAGCGCAAGAUAAUUACAAACACAGGGGAGAUAUGACUUCCGGUUCUGAUUCAGUGUCCUCACCUUCACUCCUGUUAGCAUUUCUGAUUGGGAUCCUGACUCUGAGGCUGUGAGGAGGAGGAGGAUGAGGAUGAGGAAGAGGAGGAAGAGGAGGAGGAAGAGGAGACAUCACCUCACCAUGCCUGUGUUGACUGACUGCACAUUACCUUGUUAACCCACCCUGUGGUAACAAACACUUUCACACCCCUCCCUCCUGCAGAGUAAUAUGAGUUAAUUAAUAAAUAACUCUCAUGAAACAGCUGCCAAAACAGGCCUGAGAUCUGGGUCAAAUAAUGAGAGCAUAAACUGCUUCAACCUGCUCAGAAAAUAUUACUGCAAGUAAAUACAAGUCAGUGAAAAUAACUAAAUAUGGUGUGAUCAUUAAGAGGAAACAGAUUUAUAUCAUUCGUUUGGAGGUUUUUUAGACAAAUGGGGGUUUAUGAUGUUUGUGAUGAAUGUUUAUGACAAUUUAUUCUCACUCCCAUCUCAUGAAAUACUUGUUUUGGGUCUAUUCUUCACAGUAUGAGGCCCUCUAGUGUCAGUUUGGACAUUGUGUCAGUAUAGACUCAUUUUAGGCAUAGUGAUUUUUCAAAAUAAACGUCAGACAACAUUUUAAUUCAUUUUUAGGAUUAUAUACACUACAGUACUACAUUUAAGGUUAAAAACCUUCUGAGAUUUAGGUCAGAAUUCUAAGAUUCAAGAAUACAAAGAGAAAACUCCAAAGUCAGAAAAUCAUAUUUUUCCUGAAAAUACAAAAUAAAGUACUGACCAAAUAGAAUUUUUUUUUGUUCUGAGAUUUAAGCCAGCAUUCUGUGAUUCAAAAAUGUUGGUCCGAAAUCAGAAAAGAAAAAGUCAGAAUUUUGAAAAAAUAGUCAGAAUUUCCUGAAAAAAGUCAGAAUUUUGAACAAAAAAGUCAAGAAUACAAAUAGAAAACUCAGAAGUCAGAAAAAAAAAUCGAAAUCAACGUUUUUCUGACCAAAUAAAAAAUUGUUCUGAGAUUUAAGCCAGAAUUCAGUUGGUCCGUAUUCUAAAAAAAAAAGUCAGAAUUUGAAAAAAAAAGUCAGAAUUUGGAAAACAAAGUCAGAUAUUUUAGAAAUAAAUUAUUACAUUGAAAAAAAGUCAGAUUUUUGAGGAAGAAGAUUCAAAAUUUGGUCAGAAUUCUGAGAUUAAAGACAGAAUUCCCUUUUGGUCAGAUCUCAAGAAGAUUCACAUGAGGCCAUAAUCCUACAUCAGGAGCUACACUAGACUUGAUGCAGAGUCCUGAAACCAGGCUAGCUGUUUCCCUUCGUUUCCAGUGUUUAUGCUAAGCUAGGCUAAUCAUAUCCCUCAAUUUACUUUGGUCAGUGACCACAAAUAGAUUUUCUCAUUUACUUGACCUCAAUUGACGGUCUGAAACAAAUUAAGUUCUUAAGAAUGAAGUGUUUUGUUGCAAAGUAAAACACUCAGAUGGUCUGAUGAAUGCACAAAAGCUUUUCAACCACAAAUGUGUUUAAUUAGACGAUAAAUACAAUUAUUGUUUUUCCCGGGCAUCAGCAUUUUCUGAUUUGUUGAUACAGAGCUGUAGAGUUUGUGUAUAAAAAAACAAAAAAGGGUAUAAGUGCUCUUAAGAGAGGUUACUCACUCAAUGAAUAAAAGCCGACCCUCAGAUCUCCUCCUCGUGUUAAUCUGCAGGGUGAACAAUAUACAGCAUCAUCUCACGUGGAAAAAACACGGUAAAAAUAAAGUUAAAGCAAUAUUUGUUAUUUUGUUAAAAUGUUUAGUGUUUAGUAAAUGCAGGAGAAAUGACUGUUGUGUUUCACUUUGACGACCCUGCUUCUUCUUCUGCUUCUUCACAGUACAUGUAUCUUCUGUGUAUCAUUUACUGGAAACUACAACUGGACAGAGUCAUCUAAUACUUGACAUCAUCUCUGUUACACUGUCUUUAAAACAGGAAGUUACCAUAACUAUCUUUAAUCAUUUUAGUAAAAAUUGCUGUAAAUGUCUGUAUAUAGGAUUAAUAAAGAAUUAAACAUUUGUUCUUC